AGUUGAUUUUUAUGUUAAUGGCAGUAGAGUUUUCUUUUUUUAUUUUCUUUCUGAUAAUCAGUCAUCUUCAUAAGAAAUUAAAAAAAGGGGUUGGGGUGCCAACUAAGAGUUUGCCUUGCACCUCUUCCAUGACUUCCCUUUUACUGUUUGUAAGGCAUUUCCUCAUCACCUACCACUGAUAACUCCAUCCUUCCUUUCCUUCUCUGUCAUAUUACUAUUCUAAAAAAGUAGUCCACAAAAAUAUUAAAUCAUAAACAUUAUUACCAUUCUAUGUAUCUUUACUUUCUUUUGCAAAUUCAGUUCUUUUGUUGUUGUCAUCUGGUUUACUGUUAAGAUGGGGCAGGUGGUGGUCUAAGAAAAUACCAUCUCAGCUUUAGAUUUGGACUUGAAUCUCUCAAGGCUGUGAAGAAUCAGAUACAAUAUUAUCUGUGGGGAUUGGUUCUGGUUCAUCUUUUAAGGAAGAGAAUGAUGAUGGAGUUCUUGAGAUCUGGGCAUUGAAGAUUUAGUUUUGGGUAAUAUAUCAGGAAGGUCUGUUGACAUCCUAGAAGAUGGCUUCUAGUCUAAAGGAUGAAUUAUCCCAAAAAACUGCUGUUUUUGGUCUCAAGGUCUGGCAAUUGAUCGGAAUUUUUGUUGGGAUUUCUAUAGUGGUAAUCCUCUUACUGUUAACAUUUUAUCUCACAUUACGGAGGAAGUCAAGAAGAGCUACAAACAAUCUCCCUGUUAGCCAAAUACCUACAGUUUCUAAGGAAAUUAAAGAAGUUCGGGUUGAGCAAGUAUCAACAAAUGAUUUUUCUCCACGGGACGGAAUUCUUCUCACCAUUCAUGACAAAACCAGUGAUAAAGAAUCAGACAAGGUUCUGGUUCAUCUUGGAAUGGGGAAAAAGAAUGGAGAUAACAGCAGUCAAUCAGGUUCCUUCCAUCAUGUUGACAAGGACUGUUGUGGAUCACAAUCCGGAGAAGAAGGGAGUUCAUGCAAAAGCGCAUUGUAUAAAGCUUAUAAUUCACAUCCAAUAACUGCUCCUUCUCCUCUAAUCGGAUUACCUGAGUUUUCUCACUUGGGUUGGGGCCACUGGUUUACAUUGAGAGAUCUUGAGCUUGCAACAGGCCGGUUUUCAAAGGAGAAUAUUCUUGGUGAGGGUGGAUAUGGCAUUGUCUACCGAGGAAAUUUGAUUAAUGGAACACCAGUAGCUAUUAAGAAGCUCCUGAACAAUCUAGGUCAAGCAGAGAAAGAGUUCCAAGUGGAGGUUGAAGCCAUUGGCCACGUGCGUCACAAAAAUUUGGUCCGACUUCUAGGAUACUGCAUUGAAGGAACUCACAGGAUGCUGGUUUAUGAGUAUGUCAACAAUGGCAAUUUGGAACAGUGGCUUCAUGGAGCCAUGCGACACCACGGGUAUCUCACUUGGGAGGCUAGGAUGAAGGUUCUCCUUGGGACAGCUAAAGCUCUUGCCUAUUUGCAUGAGAAUAUUGAGCCCAAAGUUGUUCAUCGAGACAUAAAAUCAAGUAAUAUAUUGAUUGAUGAUGACUUCAAUGCUAAGGUCUCUGAUUUUGGUCUGGCCAAACUGCUUGGUGCUGGUAAAAGUCAUAUCACAACUCGAGUCAUGGGUACCUUUGGGUAUGUGGCUCCUGAAUAUGCAAAUACUGGUCUCUUGAAUGAAAAGAGUGAUGUUUAUAGCUUUGGGGUAGUGUUGUUAGAAUCGAUCACAGGAAGAGAUCCUGUGGACUAUGGCCGUCCUGCCCAAGAGGUGAAUCUUGUUGAUUGGUUGAAAAUGAUGGUUGGAAGCAGGCGCUCUGAGGAAGUAGUAGAUCCAAAUAUUGAAACAAGGCCACCAACAAGAGCUCUCAAAAGAGCCCUUCUGACUGCUCUGAGAUGCGUUGAUCCAGAUUCUGACAAGAGACCAAAGAUGAGCCAAGUUGUUCGUAUGCUCGAAUCAGAGGAAUAUCCCAUACCAAGAGAGGAUCGAAGGCAACGAAGAUCUCAAGCAGGUAACGGGGAGAAUGAUUCUCAAAACUAUGACACUGACAAGAGUGACAACCCAGAUCCAAGGUCAGAAAGUAGAAGGAACCAUCAAAUAUAACCGUCUAAGACACAACUUUCUGGUCACUUAUGAGAGUGUGCCACUUACAAAAGCUUUCAUCAUGAUGAAAGUCUACCGGGAUCAAGUGAGUAGGAGGAUGAACUGUUUCUGAUGCUAUAUUGUUGGUCAGAGAUUGACUACUUUUCUUCUCCCUUUAAGAGUUCUAUUCUUUCUUAAAUAUCUUUUAUUUGUACCUUGUUUUUUCUUCCUUUUUUGGUUCUUUCCUUGUAUGAAAGUAGAUAGGGAGUUAAUUGUUGUGGACUUGAUGGUCUUGUAACUAAACUGGUAACAAUCAGGGGCAGGGUUUGUGUACAGAAGAAUUUCUUGUUUCAGUAUUCAACAUUAUUUGAGUAGUAUUGUAAUUUAUUUUCUUUUAAAAUAAA